AUGAUGCACUGCAUGGGAAGGCGUGAGGCGCCCGCAGUCACUGCGGCAGUGCGGGCGCUCUUUCCUACAGUAACUGGUUCAGCAAACGAACUCUUCUUUCUACCAAUCAAAACCCAUGUCUACCGCUUGUGCCAUAAGUUGUGGCUCAAAGUGUCAGGCGCAGAGGGUGUAGCGAAGCCCCCGCUGGCAGUGACGCCACCCCCGAUCCGGGAGAGAACGAUGGAGCAACUUGUCGCCGCUACACUCGGCAUCGCAUUCGCAGUCAUCAUCGCGUUAUUCGCUCACUCCCGUUGGCGUUCUCCCUCUUCCACGGAAACCGACAGCAGCGACGACGAAACGUCUGGACCGAUCGGUGUCAAUGUCGUGGCUGAUCAUGACGAGCACGACUCCCUUCUACCCAACCUAGCCGGUGUACUACGAUCGCCAUGGCAAAGUGUGUCCAGAAAACCAAAGGAGCAGCCCAAGAUGACGCGUUUGGCUCGAAAGGGAUCGCCCUCCAUGUCGCUGCCUCUUCGUAAGAAGAAGAAGAAACCUGCUGAAGUACCCGUCAAGAAGAUCCAUGUACCAUAUUUCUUCCCACUUCUGGAUGAGACGGCAGAGUGGUGGCAAACGCAACUGCCUACUAUGGGCGAGCCUCAACCCACACCAGAGCAGGAGCCUGAAACAAGUCGAAAGAGUCAUCCUGACGAGGACGAAGUGCUCGCUAGCAACCGGAGUAACGGGAAUACACAGGAUCCUACGAGUAAAGACAACUUGUACUACUACAGCAGCUAUUUCAUCAGCCCCUGA